AGGCUUUGUCUAUGGUAUCACCAGAGACAAUUGCAAAUUGUUGGCAAAAGACUAAUAUUCUUUCACAAGAAAUAAGUCUUCCAAUUCCAAUUCUGAUUUCUGAUAAUGAAAACAAAAUACAGGAACUUGAAGAAUUAAUUAUUCGCUUACCAGGAAAUGAUCAUCUUACUGUGGAUUAUUAUAUUCAUAUUGAUGAUGAGGUUGAAGGUGGGCUUACUGAUAAAGAAAUAUUAGAGAUAAUAGAAAAUGAAAAGGAUGAGCCUAUUGAUGAAAUAGUAAAGGAAGUAGAAAAA